AGUCAUGACGUAUUUACUGACAACCCCGUGCGAGUUUUCGCACGAGCGCACUAGCAGUUCGGUAAUGUACCUCUUGGUCUGAUAAACCUCCCCUUGCACCUCUGUCACUGCGUCUAUUAGAUCCUUUCUCUCUGCUGUUGGAAUCAUCGGACCUGUCCGUUUGGAGAGUGCAAUUCAAUUUGGAUUUUUCACCUUUCCUGACAGAUUUGGAAAAGUUUUACCUCAGUUAUUCCAGAAGCACAGUUUCAGCAUGGGGCGAGUCUGUCACCGAGAGCUCGCGCUCCUGUCGAUGCUUGGAUACUUGGCUUGCCUGACGCGCGCGGACGUCUCUCCAUUAGGACGUGUGUUCUUACUGGAAUUGGAGAGUUUUUCAAAAGGUGGACAGGAGAAAGGGUUCGAGGCAGCAACACAUGCCUGUGUGGCUCAAGGGGCCCGGGUGGCAUCCAGGGCCGACCUGCAUCAUGCAGUGUUGGAAUGUGCCUUCUCAGCCUGCUCGCGUGGUUGGCUCUCCGGACCGAGCAUUGGGACUACAGUGUGCAGCGGCGUCCUGGGGCGUUUGAGGCCAGUUGAUGUGCAGUUGGAGAAUUUAACUGCGGACACCGAGAGACUGGGCGUGUUCUGUGUGAAAGAGAGCGAUGCUCCAUGUGGGCAGCCACCUUCAUUCCCAAACACACAUCUGCAGGGGAAAAGUGGGCUCCACAUAGGGGGUGAACUUCUGUAUGCCUGUGACCCAGGAUACAAACUGCACAAUGGAGAUACAGCCUUCACCCUGCUUUGCGACAGUUGUGGAAAAUGGCACAGCACAGUGCCGCGUUGCAUGAAAGAUGAUCCUGAAGGCCACAUAGACUAUGACGAUGAGUUCACAGAUCUUCUUGAGAAUUCGAGGGAGAUGCAUCAUAUUUUUAGGAAUCCUGAUUAUGAAGUGGAAUCCUCUCCUGAGCCUGAGCAGACAGUCAUGUCUGAGGAGGAGAAAGAGAAUGAUGAAGAUUUAACAGUAUCAGUAACUGAACCUCCAGUGUCUCUACUCAGUCAGAAGCACAUGUUCUGGUUCCCUUCAGAGGCCUUCAAGGAAGAGAAGGAGCAGCCGGGUAUCACCACUGAUUCUUCCUCUAUUAAAAGUCCCAAUGAAGAUGAGAGCCACGUAACGAUCACAACAACCUACAGCCCAUCUGGUCCUGACUUGAUCACAGAGGAAAGUGAAUAUCCGACAGAUCCUCCAACCAGUGAACCUGCCAGUCCCAGUGUCGGCGGCACAGACGAGUCCUGGCUAGAUGGAUACCCUGUUACUCAGGAUGAAGAUAAAGCUGGAGGUGAGUCCACGGGAGAGGCGGGGCCAGAACAAGGUGCAGAGUCGGAAACAGAGACCUUGACUGGCCACUCGGAAGCAGAGGGGUUUGAGGAUUUAACCAAAAACCCUGUAGUAGAAGAGAAGGGUGGUUGGAUUGACAGCACUGCGGAAGAAGAAGGAGAAAUUAAAAAGGACACAAACCACAGAAAAGGAGACGAUGAGGAGCUUGGAAAAGGGACAACCAGACUUGAAAAGGGAGAGUCUGAUGUAGCACAUUAUGAGAAUUCAACUGAAGGACUUUCAGAAGAUGAAAUGGUGAAAGAAACGUACACACCAGAGGAAACAGACUUGGGGGUCGAUGGUCUUACUGAUAGUCCAAAUGGUGUGGAGGUGAAGCCCACCACCUCCAUUACUCAGAUCACAACCAGUUCAGAUGAUAUUGCUGUACUCAAGUGGCCCAUGCCACGCACACCUGAAAACGUGAGUGCCAGUCAAGGCGGGCUGGGCCCUAAGAGAGCAUCCACACCUUCUGGGAUGGUACAUCUGGAUGGUACACCUGAUUAUAUCACCAGCAUGCCCACGCCUGUUAUUAGGGAUCCAUGGGAAACCAUUGAUAACCACUUUCUGGAGCACAUCCCUGUGCAAGUCCCAACUGAAACCCCUGAAAAUCGGAGUGUGAUGGAACGUGGUGGAGAUCACAACCUGGAUCAACAGGACCAAGCUGGAGAGGGUGCUUGUGCAGAAGACCCGUGUCAUGGUUCAGGCCGCGGGUCCAUGAUCGCAGCCAUUAUUAUUGGCAUGGUAGCAGUAGUAGUGGGUGUGGUCUUGGGGGUGUGGUGUUAUAAAAAGAGGCAACAGAAGAGCUCGCACUACCAGCUUAAUGGAACUAACAGGCAAACACAGAGCAUUGAAUUACAACAGACUGUGUGAGAUCAUAUCUGUCGCUUUAUCUAUCGUUCUAUAUUUCUAUCUAAUGCUAGUCUAUUGUUCUUUCCUUCUAAUGUUUUAUAUCAAAGCUUUCUGUGACUGACAUUCAAAGUUUAAAAACUUAGCUUUUCUAAUUUUCAUGUAAAAUUACAGUUAUACGAAAUUUAGUUCGCCUAAAUUUGCCUACAUUUCAAGAAUUGCAUUGCAUUAGAAAAAAUUCUUAAUUCAGUUCUGAAUGCCACACAACCCUGACUUUCACACUAUCACAAGGACUGUAUCUGUGUUCAACGCUCCUUAUUUAGGUAGUAUGUCUAUUUUACCAUGUUUUCUAUUUCUUUAUAUUUUCAUUGUAAUGUGGAUAAUUGUUAUAUCAUGAAUCAGAUGUCUUCUUCUCCUGCUUUGGAUGGACUGCACUGGACUGCGGGUCGGUGCACGUGUGUACAUGGUGCCCGUCUGUCCUUGUUAACAGAUUUGUAUGUGUUUAUACCUUUGUCCAUUACGAGAGAGCGUGUGUGAAAGAAUCAUUGUGACUUUAGCCUAUUUCGGUUUUGAAAGAGAGCAGUCAGUUAAAAGAGAGUGUGGUUGAACUCAGUAUUCUCUGUGCGCUAUUGAAAGUUUCCAGCUUGCAGACAGGUGAGACAUUCUGGUCAGAGGAACUGAGGCUGAAUUCUGAUUGGCUUUCAGCUCAUACAGACUUAGAGUAGGUAGAAUAAAUAGCCUUUAUCCCUAAAUUUAGAAUACAAUGAGCAUUUGUUCAUUUCCAACCUUUUUCCUAUAAAUAAGUGAGUUUCUUGGGGUUGAACUCAGGACACUUACAGACAGGUGAGACAUUCUUCUCAGAGAAACUGAGGGUGGAUUCUGAUCGGCUUUUAACACAUUUACAGUUUGUCGAGUAUCAGUUACUUUAAAAUAUAUGUAGUACUAAAAAAGUUCAAUCAUAGGAACAUUUUCUACAUAUAUUAUCCCUAAUAUCUCAUCGAUGUUCAGUGCAAACUUUUCGGCCGUGUUUUGUACAAGAUAUUCAGUCAACUCCAGCGAUGUUUAUGAGGCAUAUUUAUAUCACGUGUAUUAUAAAAUGUAAAAAAUUAGAUCUAGUGAAUUAAAACAAACAGAAAUCAGAUAUGUCUAGAAUAACUUUUUUUUUUUCAAUUGUCAUUCUGAGGUCAAACAUAAAUAGCAUAGUAUGCUAUUCUUAGAUAAUAAUAAUAAUAGGUAAUGAAGUGUAGUAAAGCCAUUUAUUUCUAGGUGUUGUUAGAGUGAAUGUAGCAUUUUUUUUACAUUGUUUGAUUUAAUUAUAAAUGAAGAAAAGUGGAGUAAAACUUCAUGAAUUUUACAGGGUCAUUUGUAAGUAUCCAUUAAUGAUCGGCUGACAGUAUUAACAUGAUCGAACCUGUUUUUGAUUGUUGGUUGUUACUGUUGUUGUCUUUUAAUAUGUUUUCCAGCCCUGACACCUCUAUUUAUUAGAGAAGCUAGUAUGGUCUUACUUACAUUAGCCAUUUAGUGGACGCUUUUAUCCAAAGAUACUUACAAAUGAUGAACAACACAUGCGCUUUAUCACGCAAGAGCCAAAAACACUUGCAUUUACUUACAAAAUUAGCUCAUUUCCAGUCUUAAUACAAAGAAAAAGCUACAUUUUAGAUCAAGAAGUCAAUUCCAGUUGGCUGCUGUAGAUAUAUUUAAAUCUACCGUGCUAGACACAUGAACUGCUUACCAUAAACUUGGUCAUUUAGUAUUUGUGGGGUAAACCAUUAGCCGUUGGAACUAUUUCAUUUGCUCUGAUUUCUUCUGAUAGUUAUAUUCUGAACUGUAAAGUGUGUUUAUUGUGAUAAAAAUUCAUGCUCUUUGUUAUACGCUCUUUAAUAAUUUCAGUCCCAUUUGAAGCUAAAACUGCUUGGUAAUAUCAACAUUACACUGUAACAAUGUCAGUUAGAUGUGACAUGAGGGUAUCUGACUAAACACAGCUGUGGAAUACUAAUGGAACAUUAACCAAUAAAUUACUCUGGGGGGAAAAAUAUCCCCUUUAGUCUUCCUUCGUGUCAACAUUGCUGU